AUGAGUCAAGUAUCAUAACGGAGUUGAAAGAAAAGCUGUGAUGAGUUUGCAGCAGCGGCCUUUAAUCAAACUGAGAAAGCGCAAGCUCUCCAUCGAAGAGUUGCGCACUAUAGUCGGUGGUGAAGUUGCAGGACGUGUGAUAGAAGUCCGCUCGUUAGGACAUUCUUCGGAGGAUUUCAAAAGUGGGGGUUUACUGAGAUUAGUCUCGUUGUGCUUUUUCACGUGAAAGAGCCUUUAUAAGGCGACAUUUUGUCCGAGACGUUGGUGCGCUGCACAACAGGGAAAGGACAACUUGAGCUCGUGCAAAAGUUUUAAAAGUUUGCGCAUUUCAACAUGGCAGCGUUUGCAUUACCGGAGGGAUUCACGGAGUUCGAUAUGUUUUCAUUCGGCUCUGCACUUCUUGUCGGGGGCAUGCUUGGAUUCUUCCUCAAUGCCAUCAGCAUCUUGUCUUACCUCGCUGUGAAGGAGAUGCGGACUCCCAGCAACUUCUUUGUGUUCAACCUUGCCGUGGCUGACAUCUGUUUGAAUAUUAAUGGCCUCACUGCUGCCUAUGCGAGCUACCUCAGAUAUUGGCCAUUUGGUCAAGAUGGAUGUGCCUUUCACGGUUUUCAGGGCAUGAUAUCGGUCCUGGCGUCCAUCAGCUUCAUGGGUGUCAUUGCUUGGGACAGAUAUCACCAGUACUGCACCAGACAGAAGCUCUUCUGGAGCACUACUUUGACGAUGAGCGGCAUCAUCUGGAUUCUUUCCAUCUUCUGGGCUGCGGUUCCUCUCAUGGGAUGGGGCGUCUAUGACUUUGAGCCUAUGAGGACUUGCUGCACGCUGGACUACACCAGAGGGGACAGGGACUAUGUGACCUACAUGCUGACUCUGGUGUUGCUCUAUCUGAUGUUCCCAGCUUUCACCAUGUGGUCAUGUUACGAUGCCAUCCACAAGCACUUUAAGAAGAUCCAUCACCACAGGUUUAACACCAGUAUCCCCUUGAGGGUAAUGCUGAUGUGCUGGGGCCCCUACGUCCUCAUGUGUAUCUACGCCUGCUUUGAGAAUGUGAAGGUCGUAUCUCCAAAGCUAAGAAUGGUGCUUCCAGUUGUUGCAAAGACAAACCCCAUCUUCAACGCUCUCCUCUACUCAUUCGGAAAUGAGUUCUACCGCGGCGGCGUGUGGCACUUCCUCACCGGGCAGAAGAUCGUUGAUCCGGUGGUCAAGAAGUCAAAAUAAAAGGAAACUCAAUACGUCAUCAUCAAAUCAUCAUUUGCUCUGAUGUUGUAAACAUCAGUGAGCCCUUUAGAUGUCUGUACAGUUGGUAUGUUUUCACAUGUGGACAGUAGCUGAAACUCAGGACAAUCUCUGCAUUUGGAGCUUGAUGCUGGAUUUAUGUAAAUCUACAAAAUGUGUCUUGUGUAAUUAUCAAAUUACUGCAUAAUUUCUACAUUUGUCUUAAAAACCUGCACUGCUACUCCGUCCGUGUUAGACCACUUACAAUAAACACAUUGUGUUGCUGCUCUUCUACUGUAUGCUUCAUCUACUUUAACCUGAAUAACUGAGCUGAUGUUAUAACUAAGAUUUCUACAAUUGACCAGCAUUCAGAGAUGCCCUCUCCUGACACAGCUGUCUCAACCGUUUACUAAGCAGACUGAUCAAUUGUGGUUUUGUUAUGAAGACAAUGUAACUUCUAUAUAUGGUAAGAAAAGCCGUCACUGUGUUAAGACUCUAUUAUGCAAUAAUACCAAAGUCAACACUUGAGGCAAAGUGAACUUCAUGAACUCAUUUCAAAGUAGGCGAUUCUUUAAAUAGCAUAAACUGAUAAAUAAAGAGGUAGAUUGUGUGCUAGAUCUCAAAUUGCCUUACCGUGGAGCUACUCAUUAAAAUAUAGGUUCAUGUCUGCCAUUAAUAAUACCAGCAUUAAAAUGUACCGUUGUACCUAUUUCUUUGGACUACAUGCUUAACAUUCUGUCUUUUCUAUGAGUCACAUUAAAAGCAAGUGUUAACAGUGUCAGCGAGGGCACAGAAAAUACAAGACGACAGCACUUUGAUCUCUGAGCUGCUGAACACAUGCAACUCCAGAAAUAAACUGCUGUUACACUGACCUCAGAUGCGACUGACGUUCUUGCCAGGCAGGUGUCAGCAGGUGAAAUCCUCUCACCGUCGAAGGCAGCCUGUCUUCACUCAAGACGAGCCGGCUCUAAUGAACAAUGUUCACGCAUGUUCAGAGCCAUCCAAAAAUACUCCUGUUGUCUCCUUGAAUUACAAAAAUAAUUCUUGGAUAGCAGCGUUGUCAGCAUGUAGCAUCUGUGAUACAUUGUCUAAUAAAGGCAAUUAAAAUGAUCAGUGCAUAAAUUAAGGGAUUUACUUGGCCAGAAGGGAAAGCAGCUACAUCUCCACAGCAUGAAAUGUCUGGUCUUUGUGGUUUGGAAAUAACAAAGAUUGGACAGAAA